CCAUUCACUUGUCACUGACAGAUUGUUGAUGCACGGAAAGGUCCGCCGUUGAAUAAACCUAAAAUGCAGAUCCAGGUUGACGGUGGCAAGCCCAACGUGUCUCCUAGGGAUGUCGUACGCAGGCAGCGCACCCGUCGGGAGCAGUCCAAGCGCCGAGCACAAUGCCGGGCUCUAAGAGCCUGUCUGGAGACGCGGACCGUGCUAGAGGCCUAACGAGCAGUCCGGCCAUCCGCAAGCUGGCCACCAUCCCCUUCAUGGACGUUGUCCUCCCUACCAUCCUGCGCAGCAUGGGCAUACAACCAAUGGACAACCCGGAGGACAACCUUCAGUUCCUGAGCAUGAUUGAAGGACACGACCGCCGUGCGCAGGAGGCGGAGGACAGGGUGGCCUCCUCAGCAUCAUCGUCGGACAGGCCGAAGUGUGUGGCCACCCGUCAGGGCUUGGCCUCCAUGAGGGCGAAGGAUCCGCUGUGGCGGACGGGGCGGAUGAUACCGACGAUGAUGGGUAUGACAUGGACAAUGAUGAAGAUGACCUGGACAAAGAUGAAGAUGACCUGGACAAUGAUGAAGAGGACAUGGACAAUGAUGAAGAUGACAUGGACAUGGUCGGGCUGUGGUCGCUGA